AUGCCCAAGGUACCCGCAGCCAGCACUUGGGCAGGAGCUCCUCUGGUCGCAGAAGACGGCUUCGCAUUCGCCGAGGGUGUAUUUUUCGCCCAAGCUUCAGGCCAAAACCGCCAUCGACGCGCUACAGCCACCGAGCUCAAGGAACACUUUUCCUCGAGCAACGACAAGGACCAUCCCGCGCACUGGUUCGAAGCCCAACUCAUCCACUAUGGCCUCCAACCCUCAAAGACAAAGUCGACAAAGCUCAAGAAAGAAUGGACAAAGAAUGACCGCGAGGCAAAGAAGGGCGCGACAAACAGUAAGCCUGCUGCUAAACCACCGGUCGCUAAAGCGGAGACAAAGGCUACAGCGGGAACCAAGAGAAAGGCAACCGACAACGACAAUGCUCCCGCCGUUAAAAAGACAAAGACAACAACGCCAAAGGCUACAGCGCCAGCUCGCAAAAUCGCUAACCCUAAAGCUAAAGCAAAAGCUCCACCGAAAAUGCCAGCGAAAGUGACCGCAAAAACCACGACGAAAGCCCCAUCAAAAGCAGUGACCGAAUCCACAACGCCAGCAAAGCCACGUCUGAAACAAACCGCCCGUAGAGGAGGCAGCUCUCAAGGACCCGGUCGCAAUGCAAGUGCUUCAGAGCCAGCUAGACCGCCGCGGACCAAGCAAACGGCGCGUCAAGCCGGGGCUUUCGCGGGCCGGGGCCGGAUCCCCGUUCCACCAUCUGGCAACUUUGAUGCUCCACCCCCAUACUCGGAAUUUCCAGAUCAAGCCUACUUUUCCGACGGACACUCUCCGAGCAACAGCUACCGCUCAUAUGACAGCGACCCAGACGAUGGUGGCAGUCUUGAACCUUUGGGCCUUCUCAACGGUGACUACGAGAUUACCUGGAGCGACGUCACAGAACAGUGGGACCACUACGACCCCGACAAUUUUGAGCUAUGUCUCACACUCGAGGGUAACAGACUCUGGGGACAGUUUAACCUCGGCGUAUACGAAGGUGUGCUGCGCUUCAACGAGCGCCCUAUGAGAUCAUCGCACGAUAGACUCGAAUUCACAUGGCGGGGUCGUGAAGAUAUGGGACCUGUCAUAUAUGGCAACAGCAACAAAGGGUGGAUGGAAUUCCUUGGCGAUGGUCGCAUUAUCGGCUGUGUUGACGGAGGGCAGACUCUUUCAUUCCGAGCCCAAAGAAUCGAGGAUCAAGGAACACGAAGCAGGACUGAUGCUGACUCUAUGCAAGAUGAAUGGAGUAGCUACACGUAUCACUUGUACGAACAAGAGAAUCGGGCUCGAUGGUGA